GUUUAUGCUGCGCCGAUGACCUCCAGCUUCGCAGUGGCAACGCCGCCGGUGCCGCCGAUGUCUUACCAGCCUUACCAGGUGUCUCCGAUGCCAGCCGCCACGGUUACCGCAGCAACAGCUGCACAAGCACCGCUUGUCACGAAGGUGCCAGAACCUCCGAUGGCACCUCAGGAGCCACUGGUCAUGAGCUCCGCAGUGCAGCACAUGCCGACCUAUCCUGACUUGCUGAACCCAGCGCAGGGCUAUGCACCUGUGACCGGAGCAGCGGGGGGCGGCUUGCAG